CUCGCUCCUCCUAGAAUGGAGCAACUCACUGCCCCCAGCACCCGCCACCCUGGGAAGUGCCUACAAGAAAACAGACUGUCUCUCUGCACUUUCUUUUUCAGAGAGCAACUGAUAGCAGCUUCAGCUAAUCGCCUAUCUGAUGUACCUUUACCCCUAGUUGUCAGUGUCUGGGAGGAGGGGAGUAUUUCCCAGUCCACAAGGUCACACCUGCUGCAGAGACACCAGGGCACUGCUCUGAAGGUGCUUGGAAAGCUCAGAAGCAAGGAGAGAAGGUUCCCCACGACUCUGCAGGAGCCCAUCACCGAAGCAGCACAGGGAGCAAGGUCCUGUGAGGCCAAGAUGAAGAAAGCCCCUGAGAACAUCUCUCUGGAAGGUGCCAACUGGAACCAGGACACAUGCACGAGCUCAUCGGCCCAGGACAGUAUUUUUUGUUCUGAAGAAGAUAACAGCCUGUAUUUCACAUACAGCGGAAAAUCAAAUGUUCUUGAGGUCAAAGAACUCAACUACCAGGUUAACCUGGCAUCCCAGAUUCCGUGGUAUGAGAAACUCACGCAGAUGCAAUUGCUAUUGCCCUGGAACUCAGGUCCUGAUUCUCACGUGACAAUAAUCCAGAACUUGAAUUUAAAGGUUCACAGUGGUCAGAUGCUAGCUAUUAUAGGAAGCACUGCUGGCGGAAAGACAUCCUUGCUUGAUGUGAUAACCUGCCGGGAUCAUGGGGGCAAAAUCAAGUCUGGUCAAAUCAUGAUCAACAACAAACCCAGCACUCCCCAGCUUGUCAAGAAAUGCAUUGCACACGUGAGGCAGGAUGAUCGAUUGCUCCCCCACCUGACUGUCAGAGAAACGCUAUUGUUCAUUGCCAAGCUGCGCCUUCCGGAAUGUUUUUCGGACUCACAAAGGCAAAAAAGGGUGGAAGAUGUAAUAGCAGAGCUACGGUUGCGGCAGUGUGCAAACACGAGGGUAGGGAAUGAGUACCUCCGUGGCAUUUCAGGAGGCGAGAGGAGGAGGGUGAGCAUCGGUGUACAGCUGCUCUGGAACCCAGGAAUACUGAUACUUGAUGAACCCACAUCUGGACUGGACAGUUUUACAGCACAUAACCUUGUGAUAACAUUAUCCAGACUGGCCAGAGGAAACAGAUUAGUUCUUCUUUCACUUCAUCAGCCUCGGUCAGAUAUUUUCCAACUGUUUGAUUUAGUUCUUCUGAUGACUUCUGGAGUCACUGUCUAUUCUGGAACAGCUAGAGACAUGGUCCAGUACUUCACAGAACUCGGCUACCCCUGCCCAAGGUACAGCAAUCCUGCAGAUUUCUAUGUUGACCUGACCAGUAUUGAUAAACACACUAGAGAAAAGGAGAUGGAAAGCCUAAAAAGAGCAAAUACUCUUGCCAGCUUGUUCCAAGAAAAAAUCAAAGAUUUUGAUGAUUUCUUAUGGAAAGCAAGUGAAAGUGACAGUGUUGUGACCACUACCAGCAAGCAAAGCUCUCAUUUAAAACCAGAAGAGGUUAUCAACAUGCCAUACCAUUCAAGUGAUCAGUUACCAGGAGUCUUGAAACAGUUCACUGUAUUAUUAAGUCGUCAAGUCUCCAACGACUUCAGAGAUCUUCCAACAUUACUAGUCCAUGGAUUUGAGGCCCUUGUCAUGUCAUUAUUAAUUGGAUUUUUGUACUAUGGACAUGAAAGCAGACUCUCCAUUCGUGACACAUCAGCACUGCUGUACAUGUUAGGUGCACUAAUUCCAUUCACAGUGAUUUUGGAUGUUAUUGCCAAAUGUCAUUCCGAAAGAGCAAUGCUUUAUCACGACUUGGAAAAUGGAAUGUAUUCUGUGACCCCAUACUUCUUUGCUAAGAUUUUGGGGGAGCUUCCUGAGCACUGCGCUUUUGUUAUAAUUUAUGGGGUUCCCAUCUACUGGCUGACAAAUCUGUUUCCUGAAGCAGAACAUUUUUUGCUGAACUUCUUCUCGGUGUGGCUGGCUGUAUAUAGUGCCCGUGCAAUGGCACUUUGGGUGUCAGCGCUGCUGCCAACGUUACAGCUCUCAGCUUUCUUUGGCAAUGUCCUUUUCACUUCAUUCUACCUGAGUGGUGGUUUUGUGAUAAGCCUGGAACAGCUCUGGACAGUUCCAUAUUGGGUUUCUAAGGUAUCUUUUCUCAGAUGGAAUUUCCAAGGCAUGAUGCAAAUUCAGUUCACUGAUUCCAUAUAUGAUAUGACUUUUGGGAACGUUACAAUUAAAAUUCCAGGAAGACUUGUAACCAAGGCUCUGGGUCUGGAUUCAGAGCCUCUCUACAUAACCUACAUCAUCGUUGGUGGCAAUAUUUUCUGUUUCCUGCUUCUAUACUAUCUAUCAUUAAGGUUCAUCAAGCAGAAAUCAAACCAAGACUGGUAACAGCAAAGCAUGAAGCUGGGGCAGCAGGUUACAGCGUCUCUUGCAAGAGAGCGUGGGAAGCCCAUAAGCUUAUUUUUGGUGGGCACUGCUGAAGUGCUGGGAGAGCAGGCAGUGGCUGAGCAGUGCUGCAUGAAGUGAGUCCACUUCGCCACAGGAUGGCAGCAGAAGACCAGCAGUUGGAAGCCAGCUUGUUCUCUAAUCAGACAAAUUGCAAUAAAAUUGACUUUUUUUUAAAUUUAAUUUUAUUUGUUGGACAUUCAGGUGACGCCUAAGUAAGUUAACUACUACUUGAAAUAUCCUAAGCAAUGGGCUACUUAUUUAAAAGGGCCUAACCUAACACUGUAAUAGCUGAUGUUCCAGGCCACACAGCAUUUGAAUGGAUGGUGAUCCUACAGAGGUGAGAUCAGCACACAUGAAAGACUACUUUCUGCAGCUUGUAUAACACUCUGCACUAAUACAAACAGUGCAGAGGAAAGCAACGUGAAGAUUUCACUGCGAAGCCUCAAGAGAACAUGCAAGGAUGAAAAACUCAAGUAUUAAUUAGCCUGUAUUGUUUCUAAUUGUUUGAGUGUUUUAAGAUUUCACCCUUGUGUUCCAGUUAGAUGCUGUUGGUGCUCAAAAUAAAUACUUUCUCAUUGUA